UAAACCUCUGUCUUUUCCCUCUAAGAAAAAGAUUAAAAAAAAACAGAGAGAAAGAGAGAGGAUGUCUCUUCUUCAAUGUCAACUAAAACCCUCUCCUUCUUCGUCUUCAUUCCCUUCUCCUCUCCACAUGAAGAAUCUGCAAUCCCGACGCCGAAUCCCCUUCCCUUCAAAACCCUUAAAGCUAACAAACCCUACUGUCAAACUCCCUUCAAAAACCCUCCUUGAGCCCCUCUCUUCCACCUUUUCUCUCUUUUCUUCUAUCGCCCCGCAACAAAGGCAACAGCUUCAAAUAGCCCCCCAUAAACAACAGCAACAAGGGAACACUAACGAACCAUUUGAUCCUCUUUCCAUUAUAAAACCCUUUAUUUUUUCUCAGUAUAAGCCAAUCCUACUUGGUUGGCUUUGCAGUCUACUUUCUGUCCUUUCUUUAUCCCAACUUGUGCCUAAAUUUGGUCAAUUCUCCUCUAGUAUUGGUAAAAUUAAUGGGGUUACGCUGAGAAAUGACGGGUUGGUGCUGGCUGGUUUGUUUUUGGCUAAGUUGAUUGCUACUUAUGGCCAGCAUGCACUCUUGUGGGAGGCUGCAUUGAAUGCCAGUUAUAAGAUUAGAGUUUUUGUUUUUGAGAGGGUUUUGGAGAGAGAAUUGGGGUUUUUUGAAGGAGGAAGUGCUGUUUCUUCUGGGGAUGUGGCGUAUAGGAUCACUGCUGAGGCUGCUGAUGUCGCCGACACUCUCUAUGCGCUUCUCAAUACAAUUGUGCCCAGUGCUCUGCAGUUAUCAGCAAUGGCCUCACGGAUGUUGGUUAUUAGCCCUGCCCUUUCCUUGAUCUCAGCUAUGGUGAUUCCUUGCACAGCUCUUGCAAUUGCAUACCUUGGAACCAGGCUUCGGAAGAUAUCUAAGAAGGCACAGCUUACUAUUUCAGCUCUUUCAGCCUACCUUAACGAGGUUCUCCCGGCAAUUCUUUUUGUGAAAGCAAGCAAUGCAGAGUUUUGUGAGAUUGCUAGGUUUGAAAGGCUUGCUUAUGCUGACCUAUCUGCACUUCUUACCAAAAGGAAAAUGAAGGCGUUUAUCCCUCAAAUUGUACAGAUUAUAUACUUUGGAGCAUUAUCCAUCCUUUGUGUUGGAUCAAUGGUGGUUUCAAGUGGUUGUUUUGAUGGUUGUAGCAUGGUUUCUUUUAUAACCUCAUUGAUUUUUGUCGUUGAGCCAAUCCAGGAUGUUGGAAAAGCAUACAAUGAGUGGAAACAAGGAGAACCAGCUAUUGAACGCUUGUUUGAUUUGACCAGGUUUAAAUCUAAGGUGACUGAAAAACCAGAUGCUGUGGAUUUGGACCAUGUCUCGGGAGAUGUCAAAUUUUGUGAUAUCUCAUUUAGAUAUGGGGAAAAUAGCCCUCUUGUAUUGAACGGAUUGAACCUUCAUAUCAAAGCUGGAGAGACAGUAGCUCUUGUUGGGCCAUCUGGAGGAGGAAAGACAACCCUAAUUAAAAUGCUUCUCCGUCUCUAUGAUCCUUUACAUGGUUGCAUACUUGUUGAUAACCAAAAUAUCCAAAACGUCCAGUUGGAAAGCUUGAGGAGGCAUGUUGGUCUGGUUUCUCAGGAUAUAAGUCUUUUUUCAGGAACAGUUGCUGAAAACAUUGGAUAUAGAGAUUUAAUGACAAAAAUAGACAUGGAGAAGGUUGAGUUGGCAGCACAAACUGCAAAUGCUGAUGAAUUUAUUAGAAAGCUUCCCAAAGGUUACCAAACAAAUAUUGGGCCCAGGGGUUCAAGUUUAAGUGGAGGCCAGAAACAAAGACUAGCUAUUGCAAGAGCACUCUACCAGGAUUCCUCUAUACUUAUUUUGGAUGAAGCAACUUCUGCUCUAGAUAGCAGGUCUGAAUUGCUGGUGAGACAAGCUGUGGAGCGUUUAAUGGAAAACCAUACUGUGCUUGUCAUUGCCCACCGGUUGGAAACAGUUUUAAUGGCUAAACGAGUAUUGCUUUUAGAUGAUGGAAAACUUCAGGAGCUGACUCCGUCUCUCUUGGGCAGCCACCAGAGCUCCCAGACAUUUACUGGGCUUGUGAUUUGAAGGCAUUGCAUCAGUUGGACAGAUCAAUGUGCAUUCAUGACAGGAUGCUGCUGAAACCAUAGCUGGAUCUGCUAGAUUAUCCCACAUUGCAGCAGUUUCUGUGAUCAAAUUCAGCACAUAUUAUUUUCACUACAACGCCCAGAUUCGCAACAAUUACCAUCAUGAUGCCAUCAUGCAUGUAUAUCCAUGGAGGAACAGAACAGAGCACCCAAGCUUCUUUUUUUUCUAUUUUAGCUUGUAAAUUUGAGGGGGUGGGAGGUUAGACAACAGCUAUCUAUAACUUACCAGGAAUACACGACAAGGUUGAAAUAGUCCAUUAGAAAGGCAUUUAGCAUACUCUGGGUUUGGUUGACCCCUGGAUUCCUCAUUUUUGAGCUUUGCCCUUUUCUUUCAUAAUUAGUAAAGCUCAGCAUAGUUUCUGUUA